UAGUCUUGAAGCCUUCGCAAUGGCCAUGGAAGCCAUCACACCUGAAGGCUUUCGCGCUGAUGGUCGGCGUGUGAACGAGCCCAGGGGCAUUCAAUGCUGCGUGGGAGGCCAUGGUAGAGAAGCCGAUGGCUAUGCUGUCUUCGAGCUAGGGAGUACCAAAGCAGUGGCCUAUGUUUAUGGUCCCAUGGAGGCGAAGCAAAGGUCCCAAAGUCUACAUGACCGAGCGACGCUGUCCUGCACACUGUCCACUGCCACCUUUGCGACGGUGGCGAGAAACUUUGGCCGAAAGGGGGAUCGACAGUCGCAGGAAAGGUCCAUGUGGCUGCAACAAACCUUUGAGAGCGCCAUUCUGCUGGAGCAGUAUCCCCGCUCGCAGAUUCGGCUCUUUGUUCAGAUCCUUCAGGCAGAGGGCAGCCCAGUGGCAGCGGCCAUCAACGCGGCCACGUUGGCGUUGGCCGAUGCUGGAAUUCCCAUGAGAGAUCUGGUGGUGGCAUGCACUGCCGGCAUGUUGGGACGGAAACCAGCCAUGGACUUGAGUCGCGAGGAGGAACAGGCCGGUGGGGCUGAGAUCCUCCUGGCGUCUCUCACGGGGGCCAAGCGAGUGAGCUUAUUGGAGGUGGAGUCGAAGGUGCCGGAGGGCAGCGCCUUCACACAGCUCUACGAGAUGGCGCUGCAAGGCUGUCAUGCUAUCGCGGAACAGAUGAGGACUUGCCUCCUGGAGCAUGCCUCCGAGGGUUUCUCUCUGCGGAAGAGUCGGCGCAAGGCCUAGAAGCCGAACUGCUUCUCGGAGGACCGUUGAGAAAAA